GCAAUGGUCCUGGCGGAGAGUCCUGCUUUCGGAGGGAGACUUUUACACUGUACAAAAGCUAAGGGGAAACACUCGUCGCUGAAAUGAACCAGAGCCCUCAGGCACUCGCCGUGGAUUAAAACGGAAACUUUUACGAUGGCGCUCAACGUGAAAAAGUAGCAACGCAACCCGCCGCCGCCGCCGACGGACCUUCUACUGCAAAGCAACUCCUAGUAGAUGCACGGCCACUGCUGCAAAAUAUGCUCCAGCCGAGCCGCCUAAACCCCGGCUGCAGUAGCAAAUUACCAGUGUUAUAACCAGUUUCGUGACACAUUUCGCCGGCUCCUGUUUGUUUGUUUUUUCCCCCGCUCCUUACCUGUAUUAAGUCCUGCUGUACAAGUGUACAAGACCCACCUGCGAGACAGAAUUAUGGCAGGGAAGCUGACAGCAGCGCAAGGCACAGGAAUACUGCUGGUGACAGCCAACGUUGGAUCUCUCUUCGAAGAUCCGGACAAUCUACAGAAAACAUGGCUGAGGGAGUUUUACCAGACAGUUCAGACACACAAGCCUCACUUCCUGGCCGUGCACUGUCAGGAGGUGGGAGGGAAGAACUACGAGGCGUCCAUGUCACACGUGGAUAGUUUUGUCAAAGAGCUGUUGUCCAGUGAUGCCAUGAGGGAGUACAGCAGAGCCCGCGUCUACCUCGAUGAGAACUACAAAUCCCAGGAGCAUUUCACAGCCCUCGGAAGUUUCUACUUUAUCCACGAGUCUUUGAAAAACAUCCACCAGUUUGACUUCAAAGCCAAGAAAUUCAAGAAGGUUGUGGGGAAGGAAACCUACUCAGAGACACUAGAAAGCACACCCUCACUGGAGAAGGAGAAGUUUCCACAGGACUACUUUCCCGAGUGCAAGUGGUCCAGAAAGGGAUUCAUCAGGACUCGAUGGGCCCUGGCUGACUGUGCCUUUGAUCUGGUCAACAUCCACCUUUUCCAUGAUGCUUCCAACUUGGUGGCCUGGGAGAAAAGCCCCUCCAUCUACUCUGGGACCAGGCAGAAGGCUCUGGGCUACGUUCUAGACAGGAUCACGGACCAGCGGCAUGAGAAGUUGCCAUAUUUUGUCUUUGGGGACUUUAACUUCAGGUUGGACUCGAAGCAGGUCAUUGAGAGUCUCUGCUCCACUGCCACCAUGCAGACGGUCCGAGCCGCCGACACCAACGAAGUUGACAAGCUAAUAUUCCGAGAAAGUGACAAUGACCGAAAGGUUGUUCUUCAACUUGAAAAGAAGCUUUUUAAUUAUGUCAACCAGGACGUUUUCCGGGAAAACAAUGGGACCUCACUUUUAGAGUAUGACAAAGAGCUGUCGGUGUUCAAGGAUCGUCUGCAUGAACUGGAGAUCUCUUUCCCACCGAGUUAUCCGUACAGUGAAGACAGCAGUCAGGGGAAGCAGUACAUGAACACCAGAUGCCCCGCCUGGUGUGACCGGAUCCUCUUGUCUCCCUCUGCCAGAGAACUGGUCUUAAAGCCUGAAAAUGAAGAGAAGUCGAUAGUGUAUGACAACAUCGGGCCCAAUGUCUGCAUGGGGGACCACAAGCCCGUCUUCCUGUCCUUCCGAAUAACAGCGGGGGCAGGUAAACCUAAUGCAAAUAAGCACAAGUGUUGUGUGGUGCAGUGAUGUCGUGGGAAGUGUUGCCAAAGGGGGGAGAAGAUAUUCCGUGAAGCGCCUCUGUGAGAACACUGGAGAAACAAACAGGACACCAACACACACACUCACACACACACACACACAAUCACACACAAGCACACACACACACACACACACACACUUUGCACAAGCGUUACACUGAAGAACCCGGAUAAAGUUUUUCAGCAGUGCUGACCAGUUGCAGUUGUCCUGACACCUCAUCCAUACGGCCGUUUUCUCUCCAUAAAAAAAAAAAAAAACAGAAAAAAGACAAAAAAAAACUUGUUGAGAUGUGGACGAGCGCCCGAGGGCCCGGCUCCAGACAAGACACACAUCGCUGACCUCACUGUUGCCAUGCAACCCCAUUCCCCAGAGAAGAAGAAGAAAAAAAAAAGAAAAAGAAAAGGACGGACAGACGGAUGGACGACUCUUUUCCACGCCACAGCCUCGUUGCCAAAACUCUAAUUGAAAUCAGUCCUACUACAUACUUUUAGACACCGUACUUGCCAUUUUUUAGGUAUGCCUCUCUGUAUAGAAGCUACUUUCCACACAGUAUGUAAGGUGUUUUAAGAAAGUGCAAUGCAAAAAAAAAAAAAAGUUGUAUAUCUAUAUUGUUAGGUUUAUUUGUACAUUGGACAGUAUAAUAACAUAGAGUUGUCGAUGGUUUUAGUGCCGUUCUCUCUUCUGACCAAACUUUGUGGUCCCUUUUGUUGGAAUAGAUUUAUCCGUUUAUUUCAACAAUUUCUAUAUAUAAAUAUAAAUAUAUCCAUUUUUUUUUUUUGUUUUUGAGUUGUUGUGUGCACAACACACUGCCAUGCCUGACACAUCAGUUGAGUCUCAUUUUAUAUACUGUACUUUUUAAAGAGAUAAUUUAUAAUUCUUACCAAAAUGUUUAAAUGCUGAAGUGUGCGGCGGAGAAACAGAGCGACUGUUUGGGAGUUCCUGCAGCCACAGUGACCUUUGAAUAGUCAGGACGUGAUUUAUUGCCUAUCCAAGAAUGUUUUAAGCAGUGCCAUAGACCAUGCAAGUAUAUAAGAUAAUGUUUCAUAUAUAGCACUCUCACAUUAUUUCAUUAUUAUUCUUACUCUAACUUAUUUCUAUAAUAUUAUGGUUCUGAAUGUGAUAUUUUAGAUAGGCUUGGGUAUCCUUAAAAUGUAAACUGUUUUUAGUUUUUGUUUUUUUUUUGUCUUUUUUUUGUUACUGCAUUAUGGUGCCAAGUAUCCUACACAGAAAUGAAGUGUGUAAGAGUUAUAAAAAUACUUAAUAAGUCAGAUGGUAAAGGUUAUUGAUUAUGUCAUGUGUAAAAAAAACAAAAAAAACAAAGACAGAAACUCUAAAUGUGGGGAAAAGAGCAGGAAGACUUGCUUUUUUUUAUUUGUUUUUUCGUGUGUAGCCUCCAGCAGCCUUCAUUGCAAACAAUUUGAGCAUUAAAGAGGCGUUUUCUUUUUAUCGAUUUCAUUUACACUACAGAUUUCAGACUGUGUGAAGCCUGAUUUUUUUUCAUCUAAAUCACAGCAAGUGGAAAUGAUUUUGUGCCUGCAGCAAUUUAUGUUGUCUUGUGUGAUUUGGUUUGUAGGCAAAAAGUUUUAUUUUCUUUUAUUUUUCUUUUAUUUUUUGUAAAAAGCCUGCUUGUUUCUGUUCCUGCUGGUCCUUGUGAGUGUACUGUAGGAGUAUAAGCUGCAGUUUUUUCUUCACUCCAUCUUAUAAAAAGCAGAUAGAGAUUUUAUUCUAGCCCCUUCCUUCCGGACGGCCUGGCCUCUACUGUAGGUGAUGCAGUUCUCAAGCAAUAAAAACCAUUAGAGCUCAA